CUAGACUCGUGAACAUACAACUUGGAACACCCAUCAUGGGCCGGUGACCCACAACUUGAACUUCUUUCGUAUGAUAAUUAUAACCACCACAAGCCCAACAGCUUUCUCCGUCUUCAUCAGCGUCCAACGACUUUAUCAUGAGCUCUCGUCCACACACCGCGGUUGUCGCCAACGCGAAGAUUUUCCCGGUCUUUGCAAACAGGCUCGCAUCACAAGACGUCAACGAGUAUAUAAAUACUGCCAAUAAGCUGAAGAACUGGCUGGGUUCCGAGAAAGCGUACUAUCCCGACGCUCUACGUAAUACCUUUACGAAAAGAUUUCUUCAAACGGCAUCGUCAGCAGCUGUGAUUGACAUAUAUAAGGCCUUAAUUCACGCCGUGAUUCCUUUCUUGAAGUUUUUCACUGAGGAGGACCUGCAACUCCGACUCCAAGACUUGAUUCAAAGUUCUUAUGAGGUUUCGACUAAAAUUGUAUAUCCUCUCCGGGCUGAAGGUGAAGCCACAGCUCAAGAAUACAAGGACGCUACCUCAGCAAUCACAACUGCCCACGAUACAACUCCAAGCGCGCAACUUAUGUUUCCUAAUGCUGCACAAGUGGAGUCAGUUCAAUCACCUAUAUUCGCAUGGACCCCCCCGACCAGUGCCUCCGUCCCAAGAACCCUUCCAAAACCGCAGCCAAAGCGCCAAUCUGUGGCAUCUUCACUAUCUGAGCACCUCAAAAAACGUGACCUCGAAUGGUACAAGUCGCAGCAUCCGCCUGCGGCUAGUCCUGAUUCAAAGCCUUCAAGUCCCGCUGCUCCACCCGGUGCGGUCAAGUUUUCGAAUGAUGUGACGGAGCCACCUGCAGAGAAAAUACGGCCAUCUCGCAUGCCAGGGAGGAUACCUCCACAACCGGCAUCCGGUGAACUGACGACAGCAAACGAGCCUGCAGGUCCUGAGAAUGCCGUUGAGCUGACGAGUACCUCGCCUUCCACCGAGAUUUCAGUGCCUACAGAUGCCAAAGGACUCGACGAAAAAGAAAUCAUAUCUGCUAUAGCUGAUAUUGUUAUGGACGACCCACAAACGGAAAAUGUGCCUCAAGGUUCAGAAACACUCCUCUUGGGUACGCCAGGAAACAUCGUCGCUGAGCUCACUACGCCGUCGCCGUCGCCAAAUACAGAUUCCUCAGCUGCAGAGCAGCCACCUGCGAUAUCCUCAGAUGUGGACGUAGGAAGCCAUGGAGACGAAAUAUCGUUGCCUCCGGUAGAUAAUGAUCGUCCGCAAGUCGCUUGUGCGAGAUUUGGAGGGGAGAUGGCUGUGAUGAUGUUUCGUGAAGGACUUGAGUCACCUCGCGGGACGAUCAACCUUACUUUCGAUCUUGAUCAUACACUCUAUCUCCAAAUUGCUCGGUGGGCUAAGCGCAAGUCGUCACCAACAGAUUUGGAACAAAGUGUUUGUGUGUCGUUCGCUUGCUAUCAUCUCCCUAGUCUUUUGCCCAAUCCACCAGAAGAUGAUCAACCGCCUUCGUUUGAGAAACUCACGAUGGAUUCACAAUGCUCAUGGCCUACAUCUGGGGACCUUUCACUACAGACAAAGCGGGAUGGGAAGGAUUUCAUUAUUCCACUAGCUCCACCCAUUUUCGUUACUCCAGACAAUUGUGUUGACAUCUCCGCAUUUAUCCAAAGCGGAAAAAAUGCCUUUUCGGUGGUCCAACAGAGCGAUAUGUCAGACUACAUGUUUAUUCUCCACGCCCACCAUCCCACACCUGUGCAACUUAGCAAUCUUGCUUCCUGCAGACGGAGGCGUGAGGAGUGGGUGAAAACCACGCGCGCUUUUUGCACGUCCGAACCGAAGGAAUCGGUAUGGAUGCGAUCGUAGUCGCAGUCAUGAUUCAUGAAGGGUUCGUCAUAAUUAGUAUUCUUGUAAUCAACCGUCGAGCUUUGCAGUUCCGUUAUGUAUGUAGUACUUGUGCAUUUCUGAUCAGCAUAUAUUCUGUAGCAUAGACAACCAAUGAAAUCCGGUUUCUCGACAUAGCGCUACGAG